CUGUUAUUUGUCACACUGACAGGUACAUCUACUGAGAAAUGCUGGCGAUGAAGUUACCAUCACUGUUCAGUACCUCAGGGAAGCUCCAUCAUUUUUAAAGCUCCCAUUAGGUUCCCCUGGACCAUCCAGUGAUCACAGCAGUGGAGCUUCAUCACCUCUCUUUGACAGUGGCUUACAUUUAAAUGGAAACUCAACUAACACUGCUCCGUCGUCGCCUUCGUCACCCAUAGCUAAUGAACCAAAAUACGAGAAGCGCUGGCUGGACGCCCUAUCAGUCCCUCUCUCAAUGGCCCGCAUCUCCAGGUACAAAGCUGGAACAGAUAAAUUAAGAUCUAAUGCAUUUGAAGUGCUGGCACUCGAUGGAGUUGGUACUGGGAUACUUCAGUUUUAUACAGCCCAGGAGAGUGCUGACUGGCUGAGAGCAAUAUCAACUAACAUCAGUGAUUUGACACUUCAAAAUAUGAAAAUGGCAAAUAAAUGCUGUUCUCCCUCAGAUCAGGUCAUACAUAUGGGAUGGGUAAAUGAGAGACUUGAAGGAACUGAUUCAUCUCAGCUCUACAAAUUCAAAUUUCUGGCCCUGAAGGGUUCAUCCUUUUACAUUUUCAGCACUCCACCGGUAAGCACACUAGACUGGGUACGAGCUGAAAAAAUCUACAACCUCUGUGAGGUUCUAUUUAAAAUUCACAAGCUCUGGCUUGCUGAUGAUUGCUGGCUACAAGCAAACUUGUAUUUAGGUAUUCAUCAGGACUUUGAUCUUGAAGACCAGAGGCCGUAUUGUUUCAGUGUUAUGGUUGGACAUGGCAAGAGUCAUUAUUUCAAUGUAGAGCUGGGCAACGAGUUGGCAGUGUGGGAGAAAUCAUUUCAAAGAGCGAUUUUCUUGGAAGUUCAAAGAACAGGGUCUAAAACAUAUUUAUGCAGUUGGCAAGGGGAUGCUCUAUGUUUCACCAUCGACUUUGCUCUGGGAUUUACCUGUUUCGACAGUAAAACAAAGAAUGUGCUGUGGAGGUUUAAAUUCUCUCAGCUCAAAGGUUCUUCAGAUGAUGGCAAAACAAGAGUAAAACUGCUUUUUCAGAAUCUGGACACCAAACAAAUUGAGACAAAGGAACUUGAAUUUCAGGAUCUGACGGCAGUUUUACACUGUAUUCACUCCUUUAUAGCAGCAAAAGUGGCGUCUGUGGAUCCAGUAUUCAUAGACAGUCAGAGUAUUGCAAGAAAAUAUAUGUACAGUAACUGA